GUGAGGUGUUUGUUUUUCCAUAAUUGGGACAAGACAAAAUUGAAAAGUUGUUUUCACAUCAGAUGGAAGUGUCGAUGACUUCGUGUUCUUCCUUUAUUGAAGACAGGUAGAACUAGACAGAAAGAAAGAGAAACUGAGUCCGCUCCCUUAUAAAUGAAAAUAAGCAUGUAGUAUCUAUCACCACGGGAACGGACGCAAAAAAAACUAGCAAACUAAAAUUUGAACUCCGUGGAUUAGGAUUCUUCUUCUUGUACGAUAGACUUUUCAGAAUGCUACCUUCGGCUUCGGCAAACGAUGCCACUAGAAAUAGUACACGACACUUCGGGAAUGGUAAUAUUGCUAGCACAGGCUGUACUAUGAAGACUGGCAGUCGACCAUUUCUCACCAACGGCACUGAUCAACUGGAAGAGUACGACUACCUCCCCCCAAGGCGACGACGAUCACGUAGGGCAGAGGGUUCUUCAAGCCGCCAUGCAGAAUUAGAACAAGGUCAUGACUACUCUCACCAGGGACGCCCACGCCCAAGGUACAUCUUUUGUAGGUUCCUACAGUCUAAGUUGAGCGCGAAACUUUAACGAAGAUUUCGUUGCAGUACAUCAUGUUCAUGCGAGGACAAAUGUGGAAAUAAGAGCUUGAUAUUAUGUAUAGGGAUGGAGCACCAGGUCAUGAUGGAGAUGGUAGAAACGACCGGGUACCUGGCUCAUGUACUUUUUAUUUUUCUGCCUUCGCGUACGCGUCGUGGGAUCGAACUCGAAGAGGAAGACGUAAGUAGUAACUCCCGUUCUUCUCGGAGGUUAGCGUUAGUUGUGAUAAAAUACUUCGGAAUAUUAGUUGUUAACAAAAAUCUUCCUCGCAGGUAUAGUACAACGAGGACCACGAGAACUCGUCCGCCUGGACCGGGACAGCUGACAAAUUCAAACGAUGCUGACGCAGGUCCAACUCCAUCCUCGACGACGAUCCGAGCAGAUGAGAGAGUCGAACAUGAAGAAGUACACACAGGGGAGAGAUCGAUGGAGAAGGCGGGGCCGAACGUCGAUCAUCUCGACGGCAACCCGCAUCGAAGAAUCAACUGCGGCGAAUCAUCGUCCACUUCUCAUACCCGAGGAGAACAGGAAGAAGAAAAUAUAGGAUGGUCAACAAAUAGUGAGUCAGCAGCAUUAAUGGCGAAUGCAACUCUUACUUCAUCUUUCGACGAAAUGCACGAAGUGAUUGAAGUUGAUCAGAUUGGUCUUGUCCAUACUGUUACGGGUUCAGCUGAAAUGCACACCGCUCGUGUCACAGCCGCAAACGGGAACGGCGCUGGUUUAGGUCCGCACUCUGGGCCUCGAGAUGAAGAAGCUUCUGCAGUUUGUGACGGAGCUAGUUCCGAAGUCCUUCGAACAUACUCUGCCUCCACCGCUGAAUCUUCGGAUGGCGGUCUCGAAUUGAGUACUCCUUGUUGUAGCGUAGCCGCAUAAGUUGUUUUUUCUUGCAUUUUCUUGGCAUAUUGUUCUACCUGGUUCUGUUGCGUCUUGCUCAUCUAGCGUGCACAUUCUAUAUAUAUUCGCCCCGGCGGCAUCAAACUCUAUUUUCAGGUAUCAGCGGUAGCGCGUCGAAUUUGUCGAACGCCGUUUCCAGCGCAGUUUUGACAACGACGCAGUGCGUUUCGAAUGGUGUUUCUACGUUGGCAUCGGGGAUCUCAACUCGACUACAUGCGAUUCGCGAUUGGUUGCCUGGCAUGCCGAAUGGAACAACUCCGGUACUUUUUAUUCGUCUUCUGUGCGUGGUCCUCCCCCUGCGGCAAUCGCAAUCAUGGGCGUCGUUAUUGUUUUUGUUUGGUGUUCUUGAUCUUGAUGUGAUCAUUCAAGAUAUAAGCCUCUGAUUUAACAAGAAUAAAUGUGCAUCUGAGCAGCUAUUACAGAUCGACGUACCUACAGGACGGAAUAUCGUCUUAUGCUUGUGUCGUGUGAACAUGAUUAUGGAGAUGAUGCUGAUAUGAAUCAAUUUUUACGCUCUUUUUGCAGUUUCCACCUGUUGUCGUUCUCUCAUUUUUAGUUUUACAGACGUACGAACUGUGCUCUUGCAAGGUUUCUCGCUUCGGCGCCGGUGAAGGAACGAAACAAGUCAUGAUGGGCGACAGUUGGCAUACCACGACUCUCGGACCGGUUGGUGACCUAGCGGAAAGCGGUGCGAGCGCCAUGAAAAAAGCAUCCACGGUCAUCGUCGACACGUCCACGAGCUUGUACGAAACUUCGCGCGAGAGCGUCGCGCUUUAUUCGUACCAGACCUAUCGUUACAGUGCGUGUCUGUACCACAUCAGCGCAUUCCUCACUUUGCUCACGUUGUCGGUGGAUUUGUUUGCAAUUGGAAGCCUGCUUACCAUCGGGCUUGAAGCAGCUGAUUGCCCGCCAACAAGCAGCGUCGCGCUCGGGCUUGUUUUGCCCGGAGUUCUUUUCGAUUUGGUGAAUGUCUUCUGGAUUCGGGCGUACCUUGACAAGUUUCACGAAGGCGCCAAACGCGAUCACUCUGCGGAUGUGGUACGUUUGUUCUGUACUUUGUUUUCGCUAUGCGCGUCAUAAGUACAUUCUCAUUCUCUAUAUGUAAUCAGCCUAGGAAAGUAUUUCUAUUGGCAGCUCUAGCUUCAAUUUGAAUUCGACGACGAGCUGGCUCAAUCCAAGCGACGUAAUACUAAUCAGCUUCCAGCAAUCUUUUUUGCCCGUACGGUCGAGUUCUGGUUGGGUUUGUUUCAAGUCACCUUCGCAGCCGUUGGCGGAGUUACGUUUUACUGCGUCAGCGGUUCGUCAUGUGCACAGGUAAGUAAGUUGACAACGAAAAAUUGUUUAUUGAAUCAUAGACCGACAGCACAGACAGACAGAGAACAAAGAUGAUGACGCAGACGUACCUGUUUACUGAUGACACGCAUGAACAAGACAACAUUAACAUACUCCCCGCACUACUACUACAGAGCCGCGUCGUUAUUUCCAGUCUCUUCUUGGCUGCGGCUUCCGGGCUUGCCGCAUUGUUUGAUCUGUGUACGCUUGUCUGCAGAUACACGUUUCGCUUUGCUUCUCGCGAAGAGUGCUGGAGGGACCCAGAACAGGCUUGGUUUCAGUACCUUGAUUACGUUCUGAUGAGAUGCGCCACUCCUGUCCUCGUGUGCCUGGUACUUGUGAUCACUGCAGCGGGUGGAGCUAAGUGCGAAAAUACGACUAAAGCGUAUACCGUCACUGGUGUCCUGGGUGCUGCGAUGUUAAUGGAUGUCUGUUUGGUACUUCUUGUGCAUGUUUUGCUUAGUUCAUGGUGGUGAUAUAUUUUUGUUGCUUAUGUUUAUGCUUAUGACUAGCCUUAUCCCGGUUCCCGUGUCCAGUAACCUGCAGACUUAAUAGUAUUCCGCUAGAUGAAUAGUAGCACAGACUCAGCGUCUAUCUGUGGAAAAUCGGUUCCGGCGCUUCAGCAGAGGCAGGCCCAUCCGCCUGCGAUUUUGAAAGCGCCAGACUGGCUUGGCCACGAUCCGGAACCGGCGCGGCUGGCAGGUUGGCCUUCGCCGCCAUCUUGCUUGCAUGCUGGCACCGGCGGGGCCGCGAUUUGGCGCCGGGCGGCGGGCCCGGCCAUGGUCCAGCACAGGCUUGGUGGCCAUGGUCCGGCACCGGCUUGGCGGCCAUGGUCCGGCACCGGCUUGGUGGCCAUGGUCCGGCACCGGCUUGGCGGCCAACGACAAACUCGCGGGUCCGGGGACGUCCGAGUGUGUCGCUCCGGUCCGGCGCAAUGACAAACUCGCGGGUCCGGGGAUCCCUGACUUUGUCGCUCCGGUCCGGCGCAACGACAAACUCGCGGGUCCGGGGACCCUUGAGUUUGUCGGUCCGGUCCGGCGCAACGACAAAUUGGCGGGUCCGAGGACUCCUGGAUUUGAAUUUGUCGCUCCGGCCCGGCGCAAUAAUAAAAUGGCGGGUCUGGGGACCCGUGAUUUUGUCGCUCCGGUCCGGCGCAGCGACAAAAUGGCGGGUGCGAGGACCCCUGAUUUUGUCACUCCGGUCCGGCGCACCGACAAAAUGACGGGUCCGGGGACUCCUGGGUUUGUCGCUCCGGUCCGGCGCAACGACAAAUCGGCGGGUCCAGGGACUCCUGGAUUUGUCGCUCCGGUCCGGCGCAACGACAAAUUGGCGGGUCCAGGGACCCCUGGAUUUGUCGCUCCGGUCCGGCGGAACGACAAAAUGGCGGGUCCGGAGACCCCUGAUUUUGUCGCUCCGGUCCGGCGCAGCGACAAAUUGGCGGGUCCGGGGACUCCCGGAUUUGCCGCUCCGGUCCGGCGCAACGACAAAUUGGCGGGCCCGGGGACUCCUGGAUUUGUCGCUCCGGUCCGGCGCAACGACAAAUUGGGGGGCACGGGGACUCCUGGAUUUGUCGCUCCGGUCCGGCGCAACGACAAAAUGGCGGGUCCGGGGACCCCUGAUUUUGUCGCUCCGGCCCGGCGCAACGACAAAAUGGCGUGUCUGGGGACCCUUGAUUUUGUCGCUCCGGUCCGGCGCAGCGACAAAAUGGCGGGGCCGAGGACCCCUGAUUUUGUCGCUCCGGUCCGGCGCAACGACAAAAUGACGGGUCCGGGGACUCCUGGGUUUGUCGCUCCGGUCCGGCGCAACGACAAAUCGGCGGGUCCAGGGACUCCUGGAUUUGUCGUUCCAGUCCGGCGCAGCGACAAAUUGGCGGGUCCGGGGACUCCUGGAUUUGUCGCUCCGGUCCGGCGCAACGACAAAAUGGCGGGUCCGGGGACCCCUGAUUUUGUCGCUCCGGCCCGGCGCAACGACAAAAUGGCGUGUCUGGGGACCCCUGAUUUUGUCGCUCCGGUCCGGCGCAGCGACAAAAUGGCGGGGCCGAGGACCCCUGAUUUUGUCGCUCCGGUCCGGCGCAACGACAAAAUGACGGGUCCGGGGACUCCUGGGUUUGUCGCUCCGGUCCGGCGCAACGACAAAUCGGCGGGUCCAGGGACUCCUGGAUUUGUCGUUCCAGUCCGGCGCAGCGACAAAUUGGCGGGUCCGGGGACUCCUGGAUUUGUCGCUCCGGUCCGGCGCAACGACAAAUUGGCGGGUCCGGGGACCCCUGGAUUUGUCGCUCCGGUCCGGCGGAACGACAAAAUGGCGGGUCCGGAGACCCCUGAUUUUGUCGCUCCGGUCCGGCGCAGCGACAAAUUGGCGGGUCCGGGGACUCCUGGAUUUGUCGCUCCGGUCCGGCGCAACGACAAAUUCGAGGCUUCGCUGGUUCGCGGCUUCGAGGCUUCGCUGCUUCGAGGCUUCGCCGCUUCGCUGCUCCGAGGCUUCGCUGCUCCGAGGCUUCGCUGCUCCGAGGCUUCGCUGCUCCGAGGCUUCGCUGCUCCGAGGCUUCGCUGCUCCGAGGCUUCGCUGCUUCGAGGCUUCGCUGCUUCGAGGCUUCGCUGCUUCGCUGCUUCGAGGCUUCGCUGCUUCUGGGCUGCGCUGCUUCGAGGCUUCGAAGCUUCGCUGCUUCGAGGCUUCGCUACGUCGAGGCUUCGCUGCGUCGAGGCUUCGCUGCGUCGAGGCUUCGCUGAUUCGAGGCUUCGCUGCUUCGGCGUUUCGAGGCCUCAUCCUUUCAAGGCUUCGCCGCUUAGAAGCUUGGGCACUUUGUCUGCAUUUCGUUGUUGUUGUUUUUCGUUUCUAUUCUUUGUUUUCGUUUUUUGUUUUCAUUGUUUGUUUUCGUUUUUCGUUUCUAUUCUUUGUUUUCGUUUUUCGUUCCUAUUCUUUGUUUUCGUUUUUCGUUUCCAUUCUUUGUUUUCGUUUUUCGUUUCCAUUCUUUGUUUUUGUUUUUCGUUUCUAUUCUUUGUUUCUAUUGCGGGAUACUAUUAAAUAAUGGGUUUUCUUACUUUUAUCUAGUCAUUGUAGAGAUUUGUCUUUAUCGUGGUGGAGGUGGUCGUGAUGCAUAUAAUUGCUUCCAUUUAGACCGAGUUCCAAGAACAAUCUGUGCUUAUCAUAUGUAAAUGUAUCAUCUACAGGUUUGCUUCGCCCACGAACUGGACGAUUGGGCUAGCCGAACCUUUCGCCAAGCAGGUACUUGGUGCUGUAUGUUUUGCUCUUGUUGCUCGGUAAUUUUAUGAGUAUGAUUGAGCAUGACGAGUAAGUAGAAACAGCUGCCUUGUCUGCAGUUUCUUUUUACACGCCUUUCUUUCCUACUCCUGCAUGUAGUUCCUUGAUGAUGAAAGUGCGCAUCCUCGGCCCUCUGCAACCUCACAGGUACACCCAGCAUUUCUGGCGUAAGCUGCCUCUGCGUGUUCUGCGUCACGACUUGGGCCGCUGCUUUUGGGAUGAACCUCUUCACUUGCGUGAGCGCGCUACUCGUGGCAGAAGUAACGACUUUAGGGCUGAUGACGAUUGGAGCUGUAAUUGCGGUUCUCAAAGCGAUCGCCCUGAGGACCGGAAACGCAGCCGAAGAUGUUGAAACCUCGCCGCUACUUAGCGAGCUCAGGCAAUGAGACGGAUGGACUCACAGACUUCAAGUCUCAACUUGAUUUUCUUUGAUGAUUUCUUGUUCUAUAAUUUCCGGAGCUCUACUCUCGCUCGCUUUCACUCGACUAGCUAUAGCUACUUCUAGCAUUGUAAUUGUUUUGCGAUCAAUUUACGAAUUUCAAUUUUGGUCUCAUAAAUGAACCGGUUUUGCGUCAAUGAAUGAUUUGGGUGUCUCUCUCACUUUUGUUUCUUUCUGAGCUUCUUUACUUAGAGCUACCAAUUGCAUCUACACUGGUGUGCGGCUUACUUUCGUCGGCCUCUGUUGCGAACAAGAGCUUCAUGUUAUGUAUGAUUUCAAAGAAGAAAAAAAUGGAAGAAAAAAGACGACUUCAACCUAGAGGUUUGCUGGUCAGUGCUUGUUGUCUUCGGAAAAGUAAGAGUGAUGAGAUCCGUCGCACCAUCAAAAUGAAUUUAACUGCGGCUCGCCGCAGAAGUGCGCUACCCUCCUAGAGACAGUUUCACGAUCAACUUGAGCUCAUCAAUAUUGUGAAUUAUAUUUGCAAAUCAAACUAGUGCCACUUCUCGAGCAUC